AUGGGUAGGCUCACAAAUUCUGAUUUCUUGAAGGAAUUAAAGGCUAUUCUCGGAGCCAAUGAAGGUAAAUCUUCCGUAUACUUAGUACAAAAACGAUUAUCUACACCAUUACCUGUUGAAAUGUCAGAGAAGGAAGAUUCCAUUUCGGAUUUACCAUCUAAUGUUGUGGUUAAUAACCACUUUAAUAACAAUACACAACAAUAUCCUGUAUUAGUACGGGUGGCGACUGGUCAUAAUGAAAAGAAAACUAAACAGAAGCUUUCUACUGUGGUUGAAGUGGAUCAAUUGGAUCAAUUCUGGGUAGAUUAUGUUCAAGUAAUUAAAAGUGGAUUUGUGGGGUUGAAAAAGAAGGAAAAGAAGAAGGCCAAAAAGGGUAAGGUAUCCAAGUAA